CGAAGAACUUUUUAAGUAAAAACUAAUCUACUCCGUAAAAACGAUAUUUUUGCCUCACCUGAUCGGCGCACUUUUGCUAAUCUAUCAUCCUCUCUCAUCUCUCUACUAUCUAGGGUACCAUUUUCGUCUCACCCGCCAUUUCUGUAAAUCUUUCGAGCUCUCAUCCUCUACUAAAAAUGGUGAGAACUGUAAGACCUAAUUAUCCGCAGCAAGAGGACGAAGAAGACGACGCCGAAGAUGUCGCUACUGGUACUGACACCUCUUCUCACCGAGGGAAAAGUGCGGAUCAGAAACCUAGCAAUUAUAGGUCUAAGCAUUCUGAAACUGAGCAGCGUCGUAGGAGUAAAAUCAACGAGAGGUUCCAGAUAUUGAAAGAGUUGAUACCCCCAAAUGAUCAAAAGAGGGAUAAGGCCUCGCUCUUGCUAGAGGUCAUAGAGUACAUCCAAUUUCUACAAGAUAAAAUACAAGUUUAUGAAGGGCCAUAUCAACAACAAGCAUGGUCUCAAGAGGCCACAAAAUUAAUACCAUGGAGAGCUAAUCACGGGCCAGUAGACAACUUUGCUAAUCAUUCUCAAGCCAUGAAAAAUGGCUUUCUGGAUGAGAAUACUUCAGUGCAAUCCAUGACAGCCAUUCAAGGUGCAGUGGAGUCAGAGUUCAGUGGGGAAUUUGCCUACAGAGUAGAUCAUCAUCCUGCUGGACCAGUGAACCCUGUUGUUCCCUUAAACGUUCCAUUGGCACCAUGUUCUUUCCCUCCUGCAAGAGCUAUUCUGCCUAUUGAGACUGUUGCUUCCCAUCCCCAUGGAUCAUCUGGAGCUGAUGGCUCUAUCAUAUUAACUGAAGAGAGGACAUUCGAAAGGGGCUCCAGUAGUGUUUCUGAUGUUUAUUCUCAAGGACUACUAAAGAGACUUACCCAGGAGCUGCAGACAUAUGGGGUUGAUUUGUCUCAGGCCAACAUCUCAAUUCAACUUGAUGUUGGGAAGGGAGGAAAUAGUGGCUCAAAUGCUAUCGGACCCUCUACAGAGGAUGUUGAUAGUCGGUCUCCAAAUAAUCAGCCUGUUUCACCUGCUGUGGAGGUAAGUACAAAGGAUUCUAUUCAGACUGCCAAGAGACUCAGGACUGGAGAAAGUUAGAAAUUUGAUUAGUCAUAUAGGUUUUUUUUUUUUACUCUGUGAUUGCAUAUGGGGUUUCGGUUCUUCUUUCAAAUGUCUGUUUGCCCUUUAUGGCCAAGGGUAAAGAAGAACCAAAAUGAGUUAGAAAAGAGGUUUUCGGAGUCUAUUUUAACCACAUCGACCCCAACCACCAGAUUGAUAGAUUCCAUUGUACAUGUUUUUUGUGGUAGUGGGUUCUUAAAAGGAUCCUAAUUAGUAAUUACUACUAUUAUUAUAUCAUAAUAAUUAUUAUUAUGACUUGUAAAUCUUUUGCAUUUCUAACAGUUCUCAGAACCAAUUGGUUUUCUUCA